GCUCGGGACUACAACUCCCAGCAUGCUCAGCGCUGGGGCGGUGCCCAGCCUAUGGCGCCGGGAGGCCGUGAGAUGGCGGCAGGUGCUAAAAGUAGGUAACCAUCCAUAUGAAAUACCUGGGACUUUGAACAUGAUACUCUCCUAACCCUACAUAACAUAAUAUUGUUAUGUUAAUGCUACACCAGCAAAUAACUUGGAAUACAGUUUACAAGAUGCCAACUGUUGAAGAUCUGAGUAGUGAACAAAACUUCAUUGCGCGUUGGAUGUCUGAUAGUUCCCGUGCUGGAGUCUUACUAGAUCCUAGUUUUACUGGUUUGAAAAUCAACAAAGAAAACUUGUUAUCUGGACCUGAAAAUAUCACAGCUUUCCCUGCCGAGAGGUUGCAUCUUUCAGACAGCUGUUCUGUAAGUGAUGACUCCUUGUGUGAAGACUCUUGUACACUUCAGCAAUAUACCACUGAAACAUCUUCUCCAGCAGCAGCAUGUAACACAGAAACUUUUAAACCAGACUUUGUCCAUGGUGGAAUGGAUGUUCAGAAUAAAUCCGAUCGCAGCGAUCCGCUCUUACAGAAGCUUGAACAGCUGAAGGAAUUGCAACAACAGAAACAGGAGCAGCUAAAGAAACAACAGAUGGAACAACUUCAAAGGCUAAUGGAAGAGCAGCAGAAGCUACUUAGCAUGGUAUCUGGCCAGACGGCAGUUCUUGGCUAUCCUCUAAUAGCUGAAAGUCAAAAGCUGAGACCUGGGCAUUCAGCAGGCUCAGCUACUUUACACCAGUUGCCAUCAUCUGGGUAUCAGAACAUCUUUGAAGACAGAGCUUAUGCUCCGAUUGGUUCUCCACAUGCACAAGACACUGAUUUUUUACAAAAGUUAAACAACAAAGAAUGCACCUUAUCUUUGAAGAACAGCCCUUCAGGAGUGCCUGCCUAUGAGAAACAAGGUCUGGAUGUGCCUAUGAAAAUGCAGAAUUGUUUGAAAAAUGAGGAAGACAAACACAUUACUGGAAAAAACAUGUGGUGUCCAGAACAAAAGAAGAUGGAAAUAUUAAUGGAGAGUGAAGAUGAUCACAUUGAUCCUUUAUGUGUGGAAAGUGCAGAUCUCUCUGAAAAUUCAAGCAGAGGAAAACAUUUGUGGACUAACACAGAGGAAAGACCUAUUAAAGCUGCGAUUCAGGAGAAGAAACAGACAUUUGAAGAAUACCUGGAAGAACAGAUACAACUAGAAGAGCAGCGUCUGGAGGAAACCCAGAAGUUACAGGAGACAAAUGGAUCAGCCAUUCACAAACCAGUCAUCAAACGACCCUUCCUGAAAAGAAGAGAAGGCUUAACAAGAUUCACUAAUGCCAAAUCUAAAAUUACAAAACCUGGAGAAAAUGCCCUAAAACUUCACCAAAGGUCUUCAGAUGACAGAAAUGUUAUUAAAGUGGACAGAUCACAAAUACAGAAGAAAACUGUGCCUCCUGGCAAAGAACUGCUUCCUGGGAACCCUUUUGCACCAUCUAAAAAGUAUAAUCGUCCUGAUAAAGCCAAGCAUUGUCCUAUUCAGAAGACCCUGAUACUCAGGAAUCACAAUGGAAAAGAUACCUUGCCAUUAGAAACGAGAAUGCAACCAGGAAAAAAUCAUGAUGUACAGAUGAAAGAUUCUUUCCCAUCAGAAAUUAACAACAAAAUAGAAAAUAAAGAGAAUAUAGUAGAACUUAUUAAGUCUAACACCAGUAAGAUUGGAAACAAAUUACCUGGCACAGAAAAGCCUCAGUUGUCUUACGAGCUGGCCAGUGCCUUUUCUAAUUCUAAAUGUCCUGUACGUCAUCCUGUAAAAGAUUCAGAACUGUCUUUUGAAGUUUCAUUUCAGAAUAAGCUGGAAAACUGGGAAAAGGAAAAAGAAAAAGAGAAUCUAGAAUUAGAUGAAUUUUUGUUUCUAGAACAAGCUGCAGAUGAAAUAUCUUUCUCAAGUAAUUCCUCAUUUGUGCAGAGGAUCUUGGAUCAAGAUCAGCAAACUUUAAAAGGCCGUAGAAUGUCUUCUACCCCUAUCAAGGCAAAACAGCAGCAAGUCAAGGCACUGGCUGUUGAACUUACAAAUAAGAUAAAUAAAAAGGCAGACUGUAUGAUACAGGGAAAUAUGAAUGAUAGAGCAGUUAUGCAUACAGCCUCAGAUUCAGGAACAGCUUUUAGGAUGAAGGAUCCAUUGAAUAAAACGGAUGGUGUGAUAUUUUCAGCUUCUCCCAUGACUGCAGCUCCUGAUUUAAAAAGUAAUCAGUGGAUUGUAAAUGAAGAUAAGGGUGAGGGCAGUGAUGAUACUACUAUAGAUUCUGAGAGUGAAUUAGAGUCCACAUUAAAAAAUGAAAAUGAAGAUGCUCAGACAUCCUUUAUGAGCCAUAGAGAAAGUGAUCUAGAAUUUUUUGAUUGUGGAGGUUCUGCUACAGAUACCAGCAAAGAAAGCAAAAAUGGAGAUGCUGACUUUGGCAUGUCAGACAAAGAUUGCAGUGCACUGUCAAAGCAGAAGAUUAGAAAAGCUUCAGACUGUCAAAGAAGUGUGUCUUGUAUAAGUAGGAGUGAGUUUGAGUUUGAUGAUGAAAGAACAUGGAGUGAUCUUGAUGAAAAUCUUAACAGCGAUUUACCUGAAAAGUAUCCUAAAAUACCUUUACAGAUGGACUUUUCCAGUAAGAAUGAUACAGCUGUCCCAGAGAAAGCAAUAAAGAGAAAAGUUGCCUCAAAGAGAGGAGAUGAAAUGUCCAAAGAGUCUGCAGUGGACAGCGAUUCAAAUGGACCUCCUGUAUCAAACCUGAUGAAGAAACUGUUCCCUUCACUGAAACCGAAACAGAAGGCAGGCUGUCAUUCAGAGUGUGAAAUCAAAUCAAAUGUGGAACAGGAGCCAGGAAGUGAGAGAACAGCAAGCGGAAACACUGCUCCAUCCCGGCUACUGAGAGAAAGACUCAUCGAACUGGAAACCGAAAUAGAGAGAUUCAGAGCUGAAAACACAAGUCUGUCUAAACUCCGUGAAGAAAGAGAGCAUGCAUUGGCAAAUAUCAGGAAAGAAAUUGCAGACUUCCAACAGCAGAAAGCCCAAGAACUGGCUGAAAUAGAAGAGUAUAAGAAAAAGGAAAGGAAAAAACUGCAAAAGGAGCGUAAAGUUUUUGAAAAAUAUACGACAGAAGCAAGAGCAAUUCCAGAUAAAAAAGAACGUGAUGAAAUCCAGGCUUUAAAACAGCAGAUUGCAGAGUUACAGGAAGAUUUAAAACGAAAAGAAGCAAAAUGGUCAACCACCCAUCGACGCCUGAAAGAUCAAAUAGAAGCUUUAGUAAAUGAGAAUAUGGAGCUAAAAGAGGAAGUAAAAAUUAUGGAAAGGUUUCGUCUAGAAGCCUGGAAGAAAGUAGAAGCUGCUGGAAACAAGAGGAAAAUAGAAAAUCCUGGGAUCAAUCUAAAAAGGGGAGAAUCUUGUCUACCAAACAGAUGGCCAAAAAGUCAAACUGCAUCUCCGUUUCUUCCAGUUCAGAAGUGCACCAAGAUAAAUGGCAAAAGUUAUUCUCAGACAAAAGGAAAGCUUUCUAGAACACCUGCAUCAGGACCAGCUGCUAGUGACAGAAGCAACUCUGAGACAAUGACAGCACCAGAAGAUUCUUCUAGGACUUCGAUGAUAGAUGCUUCUCCUAAUGAAGCUCAUGUGUCACUACCAUCUGGACCUGUAUAUACAGACACUGAAGAGAUACAGAGAGAAACUGCUUAUCCUGAUGGAAAGGUUGAAAAGGUUUUGAAAAAUGGCUGUCACCUCAUAUAUUUCCCCAAUGGGACAUGGAAAAAAGUGGGUUCAGAUGGGAAGACCAUAACUAUAACCUUCUUCAAUGGGGAUGUGAAGCAGGUUAUGCCUGAUCAAACAGUGAUUUAUUAUUAUGCUGAUGCUAAGACUACACAUACUACAUACUCUGACGGCUUAGAGGUCCUGCAGUUUUCAAAUGGACAAAUAGAGAAGCAUUAUCCUGAUGGCAAGAAAGAGAUUACCUUCCCUGAUCAAACUAUUAAAAACUUAUUUACGGAUGGGCAAGAAGAAAGUAUUUUCCCAGACGGUACCAUUGUUCGCAUUCAGCGAGAUGGAAGCAAAACUAUAGAGUUCAAUAAUGGCCAGAGAGAACUACACACAGCACAGUUUAAGAGACGGGAGUAUCCAGAUGGUACUGUCAAGACUGUGUACAUGAACGGACAGCAGGAAACAAAGUAUGUCUCUGGGAGAGUAAGAGUAAAGGACAAGGAUGGUAAUAUUAUCAUGGACACCAAGUUGUAGGUAAUGUCAAAGUAUUAGCACAGCAGCAAAACCAAUGUACAUUCCUGUAAACAAGAAGCAGAACCCCUUUAAGCUUGUUGUGUGUAUAUAUUGUUUAUAGUUUUCCUGAAACAAAUAAAUUUAUUUUUUGGGGAGUGUUACUACAUUGGAGCUUCUUCUAAUAUUUUUCCCAUUUCUACUUUAAGAAGCAGUUCAUUGAUUCAGUGUUCUGUCAUGUGUGGUUUAAAGGGUGGGGUUUUUUUUGUUUUUAAAUCAGCUGUCAGAGAAAAAAGAUAACAAAACUGCUCUAGGUCACCUUAUUUUAGACAUCUAAGA